AUGUCGUACGAUUAUCUCUUCAAAUACAUUGUAAUAGGAGAUGCCGGAGUUGGUAAAUCGUGCCUUCUUAAGCAGUUCACCAGCAAACGAUUUGAACAGGGGCACGAUCCGACCAUAGGUGCUGAGUUUGGAACUAGAAUCAUCAGAGCGGACAAGAAGAAACUAAAACUUCACGUGUGGGACACGGCAGGCCAAGAAAAGUUCAGGUCAAUAACGCAGAGUUUCUACAGAGGUGCUGCUGGGGCGCUCCUAGUUUAUGAUGUCACGAGCAGGGAAAGUUUUGCUCAUCUUGCUUCUUGGUUGAAGGACCUCAAGGAACUUGCUAACAAAAACAUGACCAUAAUGCUGAUAGGCAACAAGUCUGAUUUAGAUGGUAGUAGGGCCGUCAGCACCGAAGAAGGCUCAGAAUUUGCCCAGAAGCAUGGUUUAAUAUUCAUCGAGUGCUCAGCAAAGACUGCUCAAAAUGUUGAAGAAGCGUUCGUAAGCACAGCCAUAGCGAUACGUAAGACCGUCCAAGGUGGAGAUUCUGAGGGGUUACAAGAUCGAGGUAUAAGAGGAGACUCGGCGGCUUCUCAAAGAGGAUCUUGUUGUAAUUAA